UUGCCCCAGGCAGGGCUAGAGCAGUGAUUGCAGCGAUAGGAAAGCAGCGAGACGCCUCAAGCAGCAGCAGCAGCAGCAACAGCAACAGCAACAAUGAAACAAGUUCUAAUCGCAGUCGUUGGACUGCUGGCCAUUGGCAUCCAGGCACAGGAUAACUGCCCCACACCCGUCUACACCGAGAAUAUUGUGCCCGUGUGCCAGGCGAAUACGCGCAUCAAGUUGCCCAACUACGCAGACCCAACCACCUAUUAUUCCUGCAGCACAGGCAGCUCAACCGCCAAGCCCACGCCUGUGCUGCUGAAAUGCGAACCGCCCAGGAGCUACUUCAGCUAUGUGCUGCAGGAGUGCUCCACAUGCGCCAACUACAUACCCGCCGUUGAGUGCUCACAGAAUAAAUUGGGCCUCAAGUGCGAGAAAAUCAAUUCUGGUGGCACCACGGCACCGUCGGGCUCGACAGCAGCGCCAACAUCUAAGACUACAGGUGGUACGACUGUCAAGACAACCAAACCAGGCACGACGAAGCCAACCACAGCGAAUCCCGGACCGACAGCGCCUACCCUACCGGGUGAUACGACAGCGGCUCCCGGCCAGACCACCCUCCCAGGUGGCGAUUUGCCAACCGGCACUACCAUCUUUGUGCCACAGCCCCCAUCUCCCAACGAUCCCAAUGUACCCGCUCCACCUACUCCAGAACCAACAGUCGGCACCCUCGUCCCUGAACCGCCAUAUGUUGAAUAAUCUGAAUAACCGAUCUAUAUAUGUAUACCGUAUACCUAUGCAUAUAUAUGCCUAUAUAUGUAUACCGUUAACCACUAUUAAUGUAUAUGUACAAUUGAGUGCGCGAAUUGAUGUAGGAUUUGAAUAAACAUUCACAGUGCAAUGGCAUAGAAAC